AUGAGCAGCAGUUCGCUCAGCCCAUCAGUUAAUGACAGUGAUGAUCAUGGCAAAUACAAAAAUGAAAGAAGUAAAAAGGGCCACAAAAAUGACAAAGUAGAACGCGAAAAAGAAAAAGGGUUAAAAAAUAAAUCGCGCAAGAAUAGCUCUGGCGAGGAAGGAAAAUAUAACCGAGGAAGCGACCCUUCCAGUUCUCCAAAUAUUAAGAAUCAGAAUAGUGAUAAACAUAAACAUAAACGUAUGGAAAUAUCAGAGGCAAAAAAUAAUUCCGAAAAUGGGAAAAACUCCAAAGGAAAAAAAAUGAAAUAUGAAGCCCGUAGCAGCAGCUCAUCAUACGAUGAACAUUCUAACAAAAGAAGAAAGAAAGACAAAGAAAAACUGCAUAAGUUAAAAAAUGGCAAAAAUGAAGACGCCUUGCGGAGGAAGAAGCAUUACAGUGACAGUAACAGUAACAGUGACGAAUGCGAGCGGGGAAAUUCCCCAAGGGGAGGAAAGACCAAACUUCGCAAUAACAAACGGGGGAAAUCCAUUUCCCGUUCGUCUUGCCGUGACGAAAGAAGGGGAAUGAAGUCUCACUUGAGGAGGAGAAGCCGCAGCAGUCGGGGAAGUAGCUACGGUGACACGUCAUCCGAUCAAAGCGACGAGAGUAAUACGUCAGAGGAGGAAAGUGACACAAGUGGUACGUCCUCCGAUGGAAGCUACACUAGUAGUAGUCCCUCCGAUGGAAGUAGUGUAAGCAGUGUAAGAAGUGUGAGCAGUGGAUCGUCAAAAAAAGAGGGGCUCAAUGCGGAGCAGGUAGAGGAGACGAAGGCACCAGGGGGAGAUGCUUUAAGUGCCUUAAACAAAAAGGAACAGUACGACGCGCACAUUUACGACAGCAAGGAAAUGAUAAGGUUGACCAUAAACAUUCUCCAGAACUACAACUUUUUAAACAAUUUAAAAAUACUGUAUCAAAAGUUAGACAAGAAAAAAAAAAUUUCACUUGAAAGUAUGAAAGAUUUAAAAUUAAAAAAAAAAUUAAGACAUUUAUUUAGAGCAUGGAAGUUGGAAAAGGAGGGAGAAUACUACAGGAAGCCUCCUAAUUUUAAAGAAAAUAUAAUUGACAUUUUUAACAGCUUAAUGUAUUACUUUUUGUCCAAACUGGAUAUAAACAAGCUGAGACACAACAUUAACAAACGGAAAGCUAGCUCCUUGAAGGACGAUCCGAAGGAACAUGAUGACCAAGCGGGGGGAGUUAACAGUUCACGUGAUGAUUACGAUAUUGAUAACAGCAAUUACUAUGAUGGUAAUUUUAUCGUGAAUUUUCAAGAGGAGGACUACUCCCAUGUCGUGCAAAACACUAAGAAACCAAUGAAAAGUUUGAGAGAGCUACAUGAAGAAGGGUGCUUUACAAAUUCAAAGGAACAAUACAAAGAAUUUUUAGAGAAACAUAAAAAAAUUGACUUAUGGGGGAAGAAUGAACAAGAGCAAAAGUUUCUGUUGAACUCGAAAAAUUCAGUUAACCAAAGGAGAACCUUUGAUAGGGAAACUGAUUUGGCCAUAAACAGGUUUGUAAAAAAGGACGACUAUAGGAAGUUGAUUAAGCGUACAAAACAGCACGUGGAUGACAAGUUUCACAAAACGGCAGAUCGGCGAAUUCAGAACAGUUAA